GUUGUUUGACCAGUAUCCCCCCCAAAACUGUACUUUAAAACAUACUUGAAGGUAUCAGUUAACUUUACAAUUUUCCUAUGUCACUUCGUCAUUAUUGUGAACUGAAGGAAUUUUAGGGGGCUGGUGACUGCUUGUUGCAGAAAUCGAAGAAAUAUGAGUUUCACAGUACCAGUUUUGGUCGCGGCCAUUGACUUUGGUACAACCUUCUCUGGGUAUGCAUUUUCAUUUCGCCACGAGUUUGACCAAGACCCUCUCAAAAUCAGUGCCUGUAACUGGAUAGCAGGAAAUCAAUCAUUAAUUUCUCUAAAGACACCGUCAGUGGUCCUGCUGAAACCAGACAAGACCUUCCAUUCUUUUGGAUACGAAGCUGAAAACAAAUAUGCAACACUAGCAGAAGACGAUGAACAUGAAGGAUGGCUAUAUUUUCGACGCUUCAAGAUGACUCUCCAUAAGAAUAAAAGUUUACGACGAACCACCACAAUUAAAGAUAUAAACGGAGUGGAAAUGCCAGCGAUGACUAUCUUUACGAUGGCUGUUAAGUACCUUAAAGACCACUUGAUGAAAACUUUGACAUCACGUGUAGACAACUUCACUGAGGACCUAAUACGUUGGGUACUUACUGUUCCCGCCAUAUGGGAUGAAGGUGCAAAACAGUUCAUGAUGGAGGCAGCAAUUGACGCUGGUAUUGACAGGAAGCAGUUGGUUUUAGCCUUGGAGCCAGAGGCGGCCUCCAUUUAUUGUAAUCAUGUUCCAGUGGGAGUUAUGUCUGUCAAUAAAGGGAAGACUGAAUCUUACAAAUUCAAACCUGGGACGCGAUAUAUGGUUCUGGAUUUGGGAGGAGGAACAGCUGACAUCACAGUUCAUGAGGUCCAACAGAAUCAGGACUUGCGAGAGGUUCACCAAGCCACAGGCGGGGCCUGGGGCGGAACCAAAGUGGAUGACGCCUUCUACCAAUUUUUGGCCAAGCUCAUGGGAAAUGAUGUUUUGACAACGCUAAAGAAUGAGAGCAUGGACGAUUAUAUCGGACUUUUUCGCGAUUUUGAAACAAAGAAACGCACCAUCAAACCAGAUCUUGAGGACAAAAUAUCCAUUACAUUACCCUUUCGUUUGCUUGAGUUAUUUAAGGAGCAAACAGAUGAAACUUUGGCAGAAGCACUGCCACAGACAAGGUUUGCCAAGAAAGUCACAUACAAUACUAAGGCCGCAAAACUGCGAGUAGAUCCCGAAAUCUUCAAAGACUUCUUCAGAGAGACUUUAACAGGAAUAAUUCAGCACAUUACAGAAAUUCUGAACUCGUUUGAAGGAGAAUCUGUGUCAAAAAUUCUCCUAGUUGGUGGGUUUUCCGAAUCGCCUAUGGUUUUAAAAGCUAUAAAAGAAUUAUUCCCUGACAAGAAGGUUAUUGCUCCUGCUGACCCAGGACUGGCCGUCUUAAAAGGCGCUGUAUUGUUUGGUCAUACACCAAGCAUCAUUUCUUCAAGAGUCUGUCCUUUUACUAUUGGAUUUGAGGUUAAUACACCAUUCAUUGAAGGAAAACAUCGAAAUGAUUACAAAAUUAAAAGAAAAACUGACGGAACACCUAUGUGUCAGCACAUUUUUGAAAUAUUGGUGCGGGAAGGUGAGGAAGUUCCUAUUGGACACAAAGUUGAAAAUACAUACACACCCAGUGAAGAAGAUGCAAUAAAGGGGAUAGGAGUUUAUCAGUCAUCUUCUCGCAAUCCAACUUAUACCACUGAAAAAAGCUGUACAAAACUUGGGGCUAUAAAACUCCGACGACCAAAUGGAGGCUGGUCCGAGGAUGCCUUGAUACACGCCGUCUUGGUGUUCGGGGGAACUCGAUUCGAUGUGGCUUUGACAGACGACUGUCUCGAUGAAACAUAUAGAGAUUCAUAUGAUUUCCUCAAAAAUUAAUUUCUAACCACCCAUGCAUCACAUAUAGUCAUUGAUAAGAACAUAUUACAUGUAUACAUUUUUGCUUGCGAUUAAUUCUCAUUGUUAGGAAAUUAUAAAGAGUUUUUAACUUUCCCAAAGAUCAUUUUUGUGAAAUAAUUCUGUGUUGCCAAUUAGUGGCCUAAUUAUUUUAAGCGAAAUUGAAUUGUCAAAGAAUCAGUCGCGAUCCCCUUGUUUCAUAAAGAAAUCAAGUAGAAGUUAUGCAUUUCGUUUUCCUUUUUUGCUACAUCAAUUCGAAAUGUAAAACCAUUAGAUAUAAUGUACAUGUACUAUAUCAUUGAGAAAGCGGAAGCAACCUCUAAAGCACCGGUUCAAUGAUUGUAUAUAUAGGAAUGGGCAUUGUCUCAGGUCACGGUUCGGAUUUUGCAGAUUAACUCUCUCCAAAAAUUGACCAUCAUGGAAGAGGAUCGUACACUGGACUUUGGUUGUGACGACGAAGAACGAGUUGCAAAAUGUACUAAUAUGUCGUUUACAUAAUUAACCAAUUAGUGCUGAAUAUAAAAUUAAUCCCAAUUAAAAACACUCUGUGCAAAUUUUGAAAACUUUUUGACGUCAUAGAAGAGAUUAUACAUUGUAUGUGUUGGGCUCUUUACCCCACCUGCUGCCACUGGUCGAUUUUUAUUUGACUUGCAUUUGAAAAAAAAAAAUCGCCAUCAGCUCUCAAACGGGGCCAUCAGUGUUUUACAAACACAUCCUGUAUUUUUAAGUCUUCGUUACUGAAUGAAGUGUUGAACCUUAAUAGACAUUACAUCUAUCUAUAAGAUAGUUAGAGUAAAAUUUAUUUAACAUCGAAGUGUAAAUCCAUUUAAUAGUAAAAUAAUAUAUUAUAUAAAAAAUCAUAUGAAUAGAAUAAAAAAUUAUACGUGCGACACAUGUAGUAGAAAAAAAAGAUAUGAUUGUAAAUCUUGCUGUGAUCUGUUUAAAAAUACUGUUGUUGAUUAAGCUACUUCCCAAUCCCUCCUUUUUAAAAUUAAUCUUGCUCACAAAAUGCUCUUGCAUUUCGAAUCAUAUGAAAAACAUAAUCACCAAGUAUUAUUGCAUUAGUACAUGUAAGGGGCACUAUCUUCAAAACAGAAUUUGGAUUUGAAAAAUAUUUAGACUUACUAUCUAAAAAUUACAGAACACUAAAAAUUAAAUUAAGAACAACAAAUCACCCUCUCCCAGUUAAGACUGGGAGAUGGUUUAAAUUCCCAAAAUAAUAGACUUUAUCAUCUGUGUAAUAGUGGACAAAUAGCUGAUGAAUAUCACUAUUUUAGAAUGUCAAUUUUUUUCAGAAUGCAGAAAAAAAUAUCUACCUAGUAAAUAUUGUAAUUGUUUUCAUCUGUUGACUACAAAGUAUUAAUUAAAAUAUGCAGUUAUAUUAAAUAGAGUAUAUGAACAAGUCUUUCCUCCAAAAUGUAUUUUUGUUACUUCAUAAUUUGAAUGUAUUUCUGCAUUUCAUAUGUAUUUUUUGU